GCCAAUCCAUUUAUAACACCGCCAAGCGAACGUCACUGAAAAUAAGUACUUAAGAAAAGGAAAGCGGAGGGAGAUCAGUUUGAAUUGAGAGGCCUAACGUAGGUUUAGUAUCAUCAAAAUAUUGUAGAAAGUUUAUCAGAAGUAGCCUACUAACAAACCGUGUUGGCUACUGGCUAGACACUAUUUAUGACGAUUCAGUGAAACAGGCACCCCUGAUUUUGGAUAUGAAGUAGUAACGUUACAUUGACCUGUCUUUUUUUGUCUAGAAUGAUGAUGAUGAUGAUGAUGAACUCCUGUGACGUGGGGGAACUGGCCCUUCAAAUAAAUGACAAGAUCUCAGCUAUUAGGAGGAUCCUGGAACUGCGGCCUAUUGCACAAGAUCAAGAAAAGCGAAAUAUUCUUCUCAAGUUGGGACAGAAUGUCCUUACCAUAAAUGGACUCAUUGACAAAUUCAAAACAUGCAUCUGUCAGCAAAAAGAUAUGCUGAAGAGCUUGAAGGAACUUGAGGAGUUCUUUCUAGAAGACUUAAAAGAUGGACGACAUCUCAGGGAAAAUUUGCCACCCCAUAUGCCCAGGAAAGGCCUUCUAACCCCAGUUGGGCUGGAUUUAACCCAGAGCUGUGAGACUGAUGUGCAGCCAGCCAAACAGCAGAUCCUGCCAAGAAAACUUCCCUGCAAACAGAUCAGAGGAAUGGAAUAUAUCACCAUACAGGAGUUUGAGGGCAUCCCACAGUACAUGAAGGGCCGUAUGACACACAGCCAGCUUAAUGCAGCGGUACAGAGUAUUAACACAGCUGUGAUGGAGAAAUACAGCGUCUUGCAGCAGCCAUCUAAGACCUUGAGCAAUACAACCCGCAAGCUUCACCAGCGCUUUAAGGAUGAGGAGACCAAGGACACCAAGGGCCGUUUUUUUGUGGUGGAGGCAGACAUUCGGGAGUUCACGCAGAUGAAAGUAGACAAGGGCUUCCAGAGCAUGCUAAGCAUGCUACGUCACUGCCAGCGUCUACGUGAAGCGCGAGGAGGUGGCCUUGUCCGCUACGUUUUGCUGUGAGCUGGAAAACUAUAGGAACAUCACCUCCCUGCUGACCUGAAGACAUCAGGAGUGGGUUGCCUGUUUUGCUCCACUAAUAGGUUCUGUUUUUCUUGAACACAGCAUUUUUGCUGUAGUUCUGAGAUCUGAUCAACAUAUAAUAAACCACAACACACAGGAGUCUGUCAUUUGCUCAUAUGGGCAAACAACUCAUUCUUUAUGCUUGGAAAUUGAUUAAAAAAGCACUAUGGUUGGAGGUAUACAAAGGCAUAAAAACUAUAAAUUAGCACUGUAAAAUCUCAUUGAUAUCA